GCCUUGAGAGGCGCUUGAAGGGACUGAGGAGCGAGGCUGUAGGUGAGACAGGCAGAGACAUGGGGAGGCGGGGGGAGCUGCGGAAAAACACCGAAUUGAGCGGCUAUUGAGGGCACGGACCGUGAAAAACUGAGCAGGAAUACAAAAUACCAACUUCAGACUCCCAGGAGGUGUGCGUCGCCGAUCCGUAGAGCGUUCAAAACGUGGUUAAAAAACACUACCAAAAAUAACUGUUAUUGUUUUGUUUUUUUUUCCCCUCAUCUUGGCAAGAUCUAAAAUGGAGGAGAAGCGGUGACUGAAAUCCACCUCUUUUUUUUCUUCUUCUAAGACAGAAGGACGAGGCGCGUUUCUCUCGUUCCUGUGUGCGCGAGGGUGAGCAGACGCAAAAUGGAGGCUUCGUCAGCCUUCCGAUGUGUUGUGUUUCAAACGCGGUUAUAAACACCAUGAUCGGGGUGUACGAGCAGCGCGGAGGUUUUUGAAAGAACAACAAAAAACAAGAUUUUUUCCACGGACAUACAUAAAAACCCACCCAGACUUCUGUAAAGAGCGGGUGGGUGGGUGGGGGGGGAGAGGGGUGUAAAUCAUGACUAUGAGAUCCACGGUGUUUAAACCGGGAAGCCUCAAAAUUGAGAGAGAUUUGAACCCGGAGAAGCUCGACUUUGAAAAGGCGCAAAGCGGUGGCUGUGCCGCUGCUCCAGCCGCCGCCGCGGGCGGCAUCAGCAUAAAGCGAGAACCGGGCGAGCUGGUCCUGGAGGCCGGCCACGGUGGCGGUUUGCCCGUCGUGCUGGGCAACAUCCACAACAGCGCCAACCAGCACCCGCAUUACCAUAGUAAGAGCCGCAAGCUGAAGGAUUACAACGCCAAUAGUAAUAAAGCCGGCAGCCGGACCCUGAGUGGUGUUGCAGGGCUGAACAAAGCGCAGGGGGUGUGCCUGGGUCUCGGGCAGGAGGAAAACUGGAUGAGUUUUGGGGGGGGUGAUAAUAGCAACAAGCAGAUGGGAGGUGACGGCGCCCAGGCCAAGAACAGAAAUGUAUUCGUAACGGGACAGACUGACAAUAAUAUUAAGACUGCAACGACUACUUCUACUGGUGCCCCGGUUAACACGACUGCUAACGUUAAUAACAACUCGAGGGAGCUCGGGGGUACCGACGCAGCGGCGGAUAGGGCGGCCGGCGGAGCGGGGUCUUUGGAGCUGAACAUGGAGGGCAGGUGGAAAAACGCGAAGAAGAACCCGAACCACAGUCCGACCCAAGCGACCUGCCUCCGACAGAUCCUGCUGCUGCAACUGGACCUGAUCGAGCAGCAGCAGCAGCAACUGCAGGCGAAAGACAAGGAGAUCGACGAGCUGAAAUCCGAGAAGGAAACGCUGCUGGCUCGGAUGGAGCGGAUGGAGAGGAGGAUGCAGCUGGUGAAGAAAGACAACAGCAAGGAGCGGCAGAAGCUGUUCCAGCCCCUGGAGCUGGAGGGACUGGGGGCGGAGUCGGAGCACAGCGAGAGGGAGGAGCCUCAGGAGGGAGGGGCCGAGACCCCGCAGCUCCCCUCCCCGAAACCCAUGCCCUUCGGACGUGGGGGGCACAAGCGGAAGUUCGGUUUCUGGAAUUCAAAGACCCCGGUCAAGAAGCUGACGGCCGAGUUCACGAAAGCAAGGGGCAAGACCCCCAAGUUCUCCCUGCUGAAGGAGUCUGAGGCCGGGGGGUCCCCUUUUCAGUGGGAGCUACGCAGCAAGGAGACCCCCGAGAAGGCGUGUGCGGCCGGGAGGGUGCAGGGAGACGCCCCCACACCGCUCAAGGGGAGCCCCCUGAGCCCGCAGCCCCGGGAGGAGCCUCGCAGCUCGGGCGUGGAGCCGGAGGAGCUGCCCUUCAUGUCCACCACGGAGAUGUACCUGUGCCGCUGGCAGCAGCCGCCCCCCUCCCCGCGGCGCAAGACCACCAGCAAGAAAGAGGAGAGCGUAGCCAUCCCUUCCUGGAGAGAGCACUCUAUGGAACCCUUGAAAGAGGUGUCUCCCCCUGAUUUCAUAGAGAAUUUGGAUGACAGCGUCUUUUUGAAACGUCACGCGAAGCUGGAAUUGGAUGAAAAGAGGAGAAAAAGGUGGGAUAUCCAGCGCAUCAGGGAGCAGCGCAUGUUUCAGCGGCUGCAGCAGCGCAUGUACAAGAAGAAAGGCAUCCAGGAGUCUGAGCCAGAGGUGUCCUCCUUCUACCCAGAGACUGACGAUGUGGAGUCCCUGAUGAUCACCCCUUUCCUGCCUGUUGUAGCAUUCGGACGACCCUUACCGAAACUCACACAACAAUGGUAUCCCGGGGCCGCAGAGGGGCUUAUGAGAGUUUCACAGAAACAGCAGCCUUCGAAAUGAAUUUCGAGCUUCCCUGGCUGGAUGAACGAAGCCGCUGUCGGAUUGAGAUGCAGAAGAAGCAGACCCCACACCGGACCUGCCGGAAGUGAGGAAGAGGCUUUCUUCAUCUCCUCCUCCUCCUCCUCCUCCUCACGCUGUUUAGACAGAGGGGCAAUUUAUAUAUAUAAUAUAUAUAUAUAUAUAUAUAUAUAUAUAUAUAUAUAAAAAGAACUAAGCAGGACAUGGACAACAUCUUUAAGAUGACAAAAAAACAUGUGAAUAAUUUAAUUUAAAAUAAAUACAGAAAACGAACAAAAGCUUACAUAGCGGGUGAAUCUCAGUGUUCGGAAGAGAAUGGAGUGUUCUGCCAACCUCCCUCUCUCCUCCACUCUUGUGCUAAUAAAUAAACCUGGAUGUGUUCUUAAUGUCUUAACGUGAGAGACGGAGGAGAGACGCGUGACAAGAGCCCUGGGCAACCGUUCUGUUCUGCUUUCGUUUUUCGUUUUUUCUGUGCUUUUCAGUGGUUGUUUUUAAAGGAUAAAAAAAAAAAAAACUAUGAAAAGUCCAUUUCUAUUCUUGCUCAGCAGAAAAACAUCUUGACUGGAAUAUGACAAAACAAGGAAGAAAAGGCAAGCCUGUUUUAAAUUUUUUUGAAGCACCCUCGAUGACCCUGCAUAUCCCAUUUAUUUUUGUUAGUGGAUUUUCAGGUUUAAUCUUCUUUUUAAAGUUCCUGUUGACAGCUUCAAACGGAGUUGGAAACAGAUGUGGUGUUGAUGUUUUUGGGUAACCUCAAGUUGCGGGAAUGUAAAUUAAAUUAAUAAUGCACGCAUAUACGCUAAAACAAACUAAAAGGCACUGCGAAAACAACGCAGCUACAGACUGCAGAACACCCGCCUCCCCCUCCCGUUUAACAUCAAAAAAAUAAAACAAAGAUUAUGCAACAGCGAACUUUUGUAACUGGAGAGAAGCUGUCAUCGUCUGUUUCCUUUUCAACAGCUUGGGCACGUCGCAUCGCUGCUGCCUUACAGGAUGUUUAAAGCUGGAUUGUUCUCAGUGUGCGGCUUUCUUUCUCUCUCCUAUCUCUCUCUCUUUGCUCCCCUCCCCAAAUCUCAAAGGUGAAAACCAUCUGCAAGUAAUAGUGUGCUGGCCCAUCCAUUCCUCAGUGUGGUUACAGGAUUAUCCACCCUAUUUAAAGUGUCACUGGGGUAAUGCAUGUGGUCGCUGUGGAGGAAAACAGCUGGGGUGGGUGUUUGCUACUGUUCUACCUGCAGUAAUGCUAAAUUCUGGAACUUGGAAGAACGUUCAGGUCCAGAGCAGCUCAUGAAAUGGGGUUCUCACUGUCCUUGUAAGUGUGCAGUGAGAAGGUUUAGGGUGCAGCAGCUGCUUCAGUGCACGGCACACACCUCAUGGGUGUUUUUACGUGUACAGUAGCUGUCUUAGUCUAUUUGGACGCUUUUUUUAAUGUCAGUGUCGGUGCAAUGCUCGUUCUUCUGCCCUGUGCGUUCUUUGUUGCGUUAACAAGUCUUGGUACCAUUGUCACCAUCCUCGCUUUACCACGACGGAGAAAAGAAACAAAAGGGAGACCCGGAGGGGAGGGGAGUGGGUGUGAAUUUGAUCGCUUCUGUAAAUAGCUUUCAGAAAACAACGUUGUAAAUAUAAGCAACACGUGUCUGUUUUUUUUUUUUAUUUAAAAGUUCGAAUUCUUUAAAAAAAAUUUAAAAAAUCUUGAGUGUUAACGUUGAGUAUUCAUAUUUAAAAAAAAAAAUGCUUGUAUCUAAAAAAAAAAAAUUGACAAAGGAAUUGUUUUUUGUUUGUUUUUUUUACAAUAAAAUGGAAAAAUAAUUUGAAUGCC